AUGUCGACGUCGACAGCCAACCUGCAGGCGAGCCUGGAUCGAUGGUCCGCCAGACUCACGUCCUUGCCCAGCAUUGCUCUGCCCACCGACUACCCUAGACCAGCCACCUCUCAAUUGGUCCAAGCGCUUUCGUCGUCAACGCUCUCCUCGGCCACAAGAAAGGAUCUCGUUCGUCUCGCGCUCCACCACGAGCUCGACCUUCACCCUGCUGAGCAUGCGAGCGAUGACGAUGACGACAAUGCGAGCCCUACGCCCUUCCACCUCCUUCUGGCCGCUUUCUGCGUGCUGCUCCACCGAUACACUGGCGACACGGAUCUUGUCAUCGGCUCGUCAAAUCCCUACACCGGCGAGCCUUUGAUCCUCAGGAUCCCCAUCGAGCCCAACGACCCCUUCUGGCAGAUCGUCCGACGCAUCCAGCAGGUCGAGAAGGAAGCGGCGGCCGAUGCCAUCCCAUAUGACGAGAUCGUCAAGCGAGUCGAAGCAGAGCGUGUCGAGCGCGAGGGUCCCCUUCCAGAGGGUGUUCAGAGCGCACCCAUCUUUCGCGUUCGCUUCUUCGACGAGACAGGCGGCAAAGCUCGUAACUUCAUGCAAUCCACCUCGCUCACCACCGAUCUCACCGUCUUCUUGACUAAGCCAGGCGCCACUCCCGGCGACGACUCGGUCUCCCAGACACCGGCCGAAUCUGCAACGCCCUCAGCAGGCGCAAGUGCGACCCACACCUUCCGUGACUCGCUCGUACCCAACAUCGCGGUCCACCUUUCCUACAACUCGUUGAUCUUCUCCUCACAGCGCAUGCAACUCGUCCUGUCUCAGCUCUCCCAGCUGAUCUGUGUCGCUGCCGCCAACCCUGCUUCGCCCGUCGGUAGUCUGCCCAUUCGAACACAGCAAGAAAAUGCUUUCCUUCCUGAUCCCACCAAGGAUCUUGAAUGGUGUGGCUUCAGGGGCGCCAUCACCCAGAUCUUCGAACGCAACGCACGAGCUCACCCAGACCGCAGGUGCAUUGUCGAGUCGCUUUCGGACGAGUCUGGAUCUCUCUCGGAACCCGCUGCACCAGCGAGUCGUGUUCGCGAGAUCACUUAUGCUCAGCUAGACCGUGCCUCAAAUGUCGUUGCCCACCACCUUCUGCAAGCAGGCGUUCAGCGCGAAGAAGUCGUCACCACAUACGCCCACCGUGGCGUCGACCUCGUCGUCGCUGUUCUUGGUACGCUCAAGGCAGGAGCUACCUUCAGCGUCAUCGACCCUGCCUAUCCUCCCUCUCGUCAGAAUGUUUACCUGCAGGUCGCCAAGCCGCGUGCGCUGAUCGUCCUCGCUAAAGCUGGUACCUUGCAACCCAUCGUGCGCAAAUGUAUCCAAGAGGAGCUUGAGCUGCGCACCGAGAUUCCGGCUCUCGAGCUGCUCGACGAUGGCUCCGUCCGAGGUGGCGCAGCCUCGCAAGGUGGCCAAGACAUUCUCGCCAAGCAACAGUCUCUGGCAGGCGAGAGCACAAAUGUCAUUCUCGGCCCCGACAGUGUCGGCACACUGUCCUUCACCUCAGGAUCCACCGGUAUCCCCAAGGGUGUCAAGGGCCGACACUUUUCGCUCACCCACUUCUUCCCGUGGAUGGGCGAGCGUUUCGGUCUGGGUGCUCACGAACGAUUCACCAUGCUUUCCGGCAUCGCCCACGACCCCAUCCAGCGAGACAUCUUCACUCCGCUCUUCUUCGGCGCUGAAUUGCACAUCCCUACUUCGGAAGACAUCGGCACACCUGGACGCCUUGCGGAAUGGAUGGCUGCCUCCAAGGCUACCGUCACACAUUUGACGCCUGCCAUGGGUCAGCUGCUCAGUGCUCAGGCCACGGCUCUGAUCCCGUCGUUGCGAAACGCAUUCUUCGUCGGAGACGUCUUGACAAAGCGUGACUGCACGCGUCUGCAAGCUCUGGCUGCCAACGUCUGCAUCAUCAACAUGUACGGCACCACCGAAACGCAACGCGCCGUCAGCUACUUUGCCAUCCCACCUGUUAGCACCUCCACCACCUUCUUGCAGACGCAGAAGGAUAUCAUGCCGGCUGGUCAGGGCAUGAUCAACGUUCAGCUUCUUGUCGUCAACCGCAACGAGCGUACCGCAACCUGUGCAGUGGGUGAGGUUGGCGAGAUCUACGUGCGAAGUGGUGGUCUCGCUGAAGGAUAUCUUGGUCCUCCCGAGGUCACCGCCGAGAAGUUCAUGCCCAAUUUCUUGGCACCGAACCUCAGCUUCCCAGACACCAUCAAGGAGAAGCCCGAGGGUCAGUUCUGGAAGGGCAUCCGUGAUCGCAUGUACAAGACGGGUGACUUGGGACGAUAUCUCCCCGACGGUACCGUCGAGUGCACUGGCCGUGCCGAUGACCAGAUCAAGAUCCGAGGCUUCCGCAUCGAGCUCGGCGAGAUCGACACGCACCUCUCGCGACACCCGCACGUUCGUGAGAAUGUCACCUUGGUGCGCCGUGACAAGGACGAGGAGAAGGUGCUGGUUUCGUACUUUGUGCCUGGCCCUGGGGCUGCCGACUUCGAGGAGCUCGUCACUGACGAUGACGGAGUCGACGCUGCUGCUAGUGGCAAGGCGGCUCGCGACGCCAUGCUCGUCAAGGGUAUGCGUCGCUACCGCAAGCUCAUCAAGGACAUCCGCGAUCACCUCAAGAGGAAGCUGCCGGCCUACUCGGUUCCCACGCUGUUCGUGCCGCUCCACAAGAUGCCUCUCAACCCGAACGGCAAGAUCGACAAGCCCGCUCUUCCGUUCCCGGAUACUGCGAUGGUAGCGGCUGCUGGGUCCAGUUCCUCCGCAACCAAGAGCAACGGAGACGUUGAAGCUGCUCAGUCGUCAGCAACGCCCACCGAGCGCUCUGUGGUCGAGCUAUGGUCGCGACUACUGCCCAACGCUCCCUCGCCGAUCCCGCUCGACGAAAGCUUCUUCGACCUGGGUGGUCACUCGAUCCUUGCUACUCGUCUCGUGUUCGAGAUGCGCAAGCAGUUUGUCAUCAACGUGCCCCUCGGUGUCGUGUUCGACGCUCCCACGAUUCGGGGUCUAGCCAAGGCUGUCGACCAGCUGCGCCAGUCUGACCUCGGUCUCGGCGCUGCCCACGACAGCGCGCCGCCUACCUCUACCAAGCUCUCGGACGAGGCCAACCUGGACGAGAACUACGGAGCUGAUGUGACCACGCUCACUCCCAGCCUGCCUGAGUCGUUCGCCGGCGACAAGGUUCGCAGCGCCGCCGAAGGACCUCGCACCGUCUUGGUCACUGGUGUGACCGGUUUCCUCGGCGCCUUCGUCCUCUACGACCUGCUGACCAAGCGUUCCUCAAGCGUCGCCAAAGUCUACGCACACGUUCGAGCCAAGUCCGAGGCCAACGCGCUCGAGCGUCUGCGCGAGGGAUGCAAGGGACGUGGUAUCUGGGACGACCGAUGGGUGAGCGAGGGCAAGCUCGAGGUGGUUCUCGGCGAUCUUGCCGCUCCUCAGCGCCUGGGCAUGUCCGAGGAAGUCUACGACAAGCUCGCGGACGAGGUCGACGACAUCCUGCACAAUGGUGCGCUCGUCCACUGGGUCUACCCGUACAGCAAGCUGCGUGCUGCCAACGUCGGCUCCACCAUCUGUGCCAUCAAGCUCUGCAAUGCCGGCAAAAAGGCGAAGACGCUGACGUUCGUCUCGAGCACUUCUGCCCUCGACACAGACCACUACAUCCACCUGUCCGACUCGAUCUUGCACGGACAGGACCCUGCGCAGGCCGGCCCAGACGCGCUUCACGGUGUGCCCGAGACGGACGACAUCGAGGCCAACGCCAAGGGUCUCACCACUGGCUACGGACAAUCCAAGUGGGUGGCCGAGAAGCUCAUUAUGAUCGCCGCCUCUCGUGGUCUCAAAGCCUCCAUCGUCCGACCAGGCUACGUCGUCGGUGACUCGACCACCGCUGUGACCAACACGGACGAUUUCCUCUGGCGACUCGUCAAGGGUUCGAUCCAGCUCGGUCUGAUUCCGGACAUGCACAACUCGAUCAACAUGGUCCCCGUCGACCACGUUGCGCGCAUCGCCACCCUCGCCUGUCUCAACAACGCCAAAGAGCUGCAAACGAUCAACCGCACGCCGGGGACGCACGCCAAGGUCUUCCACGUGACGAACCACCCGAGCAUCCGAUUCAACGACAUGCUGGGUCAGCUGAGUCGGUACGGAUGGAAAGUGGAGCAGACCGAGUACGUGCAGUGGCGCGCGAGGCUGGAGGAGCAUGUGCUCACCAGCAGCUCUGGCUCGGUCGAAGAUAACGCGCUGUUCCCGCUGUUGCACUUUGUGCUGGACGACCUGCCGACGAGCACCAAGUCGCCCGAAUUGGACGACCGACAUACGCAGGCGAUCCUGGAUGCUGCGGGAGAGGGCAAGACACAGGGCACGGUGAUGGGCGUCGAUCGAUCGCUCGUUGGCACGUACCUCGCGUGGCUGUUGGCCGUUGGAUUUUUGCCUCCGCCGUCGGGUGGUGCGGAACCGCUGCCGAAGCUCGCCAACAUCGGGGCUGAGAUGAAGGCGAUUGGUCGCGGGUCUGCCAAUUAG